AUGAACAAGGAUAAUCACAGCAGUGCAUCUGAAUUCAUCCUCUUGGGGCUCCCUAUCAGGAAGGAGGAGCAAGGCAUGUACUAUGCCCUGUUCCUGGUCCUGUACCUGACCACAGUGCUGGGGAACCUGCUCAUCAUCCUGCUCAUCAAGCUGGACUCCCGCCUCCACACCCCCAUGUACUUCUUUCUCAGCCACUUGGCUCUCACUGACAUCUCUUUCUCAUCAGUCACAGCUCCAAAGAUGCUCAUGAACAUGCUGACUCAUAGUCAAUCCAUCUCAUAUGCUGGGUGUGUUUCUCAGGUAUUCUUUUUCAUAUUGUUUGCAGAUAUUGACAGCUUCCUUCUCACCUCAAUGGCUUAUGACAGGUAUGUGGCCAUAUGUCACCCCCUGCACUACAAUAUCAUCAUGAGUCAGAGACUCUGCUCCCUGCUACUAAUUGUGUCCUGGGUGUUAUCCGUUGCUAAUGCCCUUUUGCACACUAUCCUAUUAUCUUUUCUCAUGACAGGAGACAACCAGACUAGUGCAUCUGAAUUCAUCCUCUUGGGGCUCCCUAUCAGGAAGGAGGAGCAAGGCAUGUACUAUGCCCAGUUCCUGGUCCUGUACCUGACCACAGUGCUGGGGAACCUGCUCAUCAUCCUGCUCAUCAGGCUGGACUCCCGCCUCCACACACCCAUGUACUUCUUCCUCAGCCACUUGGCUCUCACUGACAUCUCUUUCUCAUCAGUCACAGCUCCAAAGAUGCUCAUGAAUAUGCUGAUGCAUAGUCAACCCAUCUCUUAUGCUGGGUGCAUUUCUCAGGUUUUUUUUUUUUUAUUGUUUGCAGGUCUUGACAACCUUCUUCUCACCUCAAUGGCUUAUGACAGGUAUGUGGCCAUCUGUCACCCCUUACACUACACCACCAUCAUGAGCCAGAGACUCUGCUUUUAUCUAGUAUCUGUGCCCUGGGUUUUAUCCUCUGCUAAUGCUCUUGUACACACUCUCCUCCUGACCCAUCUCUCCUUCUCUAGAAAUAACAGCCUCCACCACUUCUUUUGUGAUCUUACCACCUUACUUAAAGUAUCUAGUUCAGACACCACUGUCAAUGAGCUGGUCAUUCUCACUGUAGGACUAGUGUACACUAUCGUGCCAUUCAUGUGCAUUCUGGUGUCCUACGGCCACAUCGGGGCCACCAUCCUGAGAGCUUCCUCAAUCAAGGGAAUCUGCAAAGCCUUGUCCACCUGUGGCUCACACUUGUCUGUGGUUUCUCUGUACUAUGGAACAAUUAUUGGGCUCUACUUUUUCCCUUCAUCUAAUAACACUAAUGACAAGGAUGUCAUUGUAGCUGUGUUGUACACUGUGGUCACACCCAUGCUGAAUCCCUUUAUUUACAGUCUAAGGAAUCAGGAUAUAAAAGGAGCUCUUGGAAAUAUCCUUAGUAGAGGAAGAUUUUCAGUGUAA